UUGACACUGUGCGGACGCACGGUGACCCGAUGAGAGGGACACUUUUUGCAGCGUGCGGGCUAUAAGGAGAGGGAGUGGCGCACUGCUUAACAGUGAGGAGAGAAACUCCACACGCAGACAGGAGCACGGCAGCGCCUGGGAUAACAUGAUUAGUGCUGUAUUAGGUCCGUUACUGAGCACAACUAGAUGAAGCGCAGAGAUCAUUGCGAGGGGAGAGAGAGGAGACGAAGAGGAAACGCUUCAUCCGACACAUGGAGCUUCUUUGCGCUGUUUUAAUUCGCCUUGAGAAGUUACCCACUGACAGUUUUUCAGUGUCCGGGUGUCUCUGGCACUGGAGAGGUCGUGUCACCGCUCUUUGUCUCAGAUGAACUGACAGCCUUAGUAAAAAUAAGGGCUCAUCUUUGAAGAGGCAGUUCAUGAUGAAAAGGAAAAAUCUGGGAAAGCCUCAGAGGAGCGAUUCAAUCCUUUUCUUUCUCAGCCCAGCUGUGAGCUACUAGUUCUGUCCUUUCUGGUGGAUUUUUGUUAACCUCAGGUGAACUCACACGGGAAGUGGGCCACUCUGCUCCAAAUGGAGUUUGAAAACGACAUCAACCAGACUUUUUCAAAUGUGUCCUCUUACACCUUCCAGGUAGCUCUGCCUCUCACUGUGCUGGUGGCCAUCAUGAUCAUGCUGAUCGUGUUUGGUAAUGUCCUGGUAGUCAUAGCUGUGUUUACAAGCAGGGCCCUGCGGGCUCCACAGAACUUAUUUUUGGUAUCUCUGGCAUCGGCUGACAUUUUGGUGGCGACUCUUGUCAUGCCUUUCUCCUUGGCCAACGAGCUCAUGGGAUACUGGUACUUUGGGGAGGUGUGGUGUGAGAUCUAUCUCGCGCUUGAUGUUCUUUUCUGCACUGCUUCCAUCGCCCACCUCUGUGCUAUCAGCUUAGACCGCUACUGGUCCAUUACACAGGCCAUCCAGUACAACCUGAAGAGGACACCACGUCGCAUCAAGUGUAUCAUCUUCAUUGUGUGGGUCAUUGCUGCAGUCAUCUCCUUCCCACCUCUGAUCACCAUGGAGAAAGAGAACAGCGAGAAAAUCCCUGUGUGUAAGAUCAACAAUGAUAAGUGGUACGUCAUUUCCUCCUGCAUCGGCUCCUUCUUUCUCCCCUGUGUCAUCAUGGUGCUUGUCUAUGUGCGGAUUUAUCAAAUUGCCAAAAAGAGGACACGGGCGCCACCAGGAGACCGGAAGCUUAAAGAUCAGCCAAAGCCAGCCACCAUCGCUGCCGCUAACUUGAAGGAGAAUGGCAUGGAUGAUGCCGAGGAUCGCCUCUGCCAUGAGAAAAUCAAUGGUGAACAGAACAUUGAGCUGAAGAAGGGAGUGAAAGCAGAAGGGGGAGCAGAUGAGGAGAAAGGAGAGGUCAAUGGGGUGGACAUUGAGGAGUCGUCAUCAUCAGACCACAAAAUGAACAAUCCAUGCUCCAUUAAAAAGAAAACGACCAAGGGGAAAACCAGAACGAGCCAAAUCAAACCGGGGGAUGCAGAAGGUCACAAGCGGGUGCCGAGCAACAAGGGCAGCCGCUGGAAGGGCCGGCAAAACCGGGAGAAACGCUUCACCUUUGUCCUGGCUGUUGUCAUAGGAGUGUUUGUCAUCUGCUGGUUUCCCUUUUUCUUUACAUACAUGCUGAUGACGCUGUGUGAGUCCUGCCUUGUGCCUACCCCGUUGUUCAAGUUCUUCUUCUGGUUCGGCUACUGCAACAGUGCGCUGAACCCAAUCAUUUACACCAUCUUCAACAACGACUUUAGGAGGUCCUUCAAAAAGAUACUGUGCAAGAGAGAUGCUCGAAGAUAUGUAUGAGCUCGUCUUCAGAUACUUUAUUUUUACCAGCUUGUAAAUAGGUUGUAAAACACAUUGCCAAUUCAACAUGGGCCAGCAGUUUGUAAACACUCUGAGUGUACAGUGAUCAGGAGGAGCUUAAUGUCCAGCAUUGUCUUUUCAAAGCAUCCACCAGCCACCAUGAGCAUAGUGAGAAUAUGCUAUCAUUGUAUUUUUUAUACUACCCCCCCCCCCCAAAAAAAAACAACAACAAAAAAACUAAGUGAAGUCCAUUAUAUUGAGUAUUUAUGUUGUACAAAAUAUUCUAUGAGUAUUUGUCUAUUUUCUUUGUUAUGGGUACAGUAUUGUGCUGUUUUGUAUGAUAUGAUGAUAAUGAUGAUGGUAAUGAAAAGUUGUGGUAAACUGCAGACUCUUUAAAGAUUAAAUAAAACCACUUUUCUGAAUUAGUCCCAAGGAUCCAUGUGAUACAUUAGGUUGAUGAUACCACACUUGCGUGCACACAGCAAGCUGUUGAGAAACUGGGGAAAUGCCGCAGAAAGCCCUGACAGAAAAAAUAAAAAAAAAAUGCUCCCAGAACAUGAUCAGGGAGGCUUCCCAAUCUGAACAGAUACUUCUUCCCAGUCCUGUGAAGGUGUGAAAACACAGGCGUCCUCUCGUGCAGUGAACUGAUAACCAAAGAAAGAAAAAAGUGCCAGUUCACUGGUCUGUUGAAUCUGACCUUUGCAAGAGCCUAACUAGAAGCUCAUCUCCAUGAGCCUGAGCAGAAUAUGUGCAAAUUUUUUUUUUUAAUGUUCUUCAGAUUAAUCGUGUUUGUGAUAUGUGUGUGUGUGUGUGUGGCCAAAUUUAAGAACAUUUUUAAUCUUCUUUUUCCUCCCUCUGAGUGAAGUGGAGAAGUAUUGGUUCAUUUGGCAUUUUGUGUUAUGCAUAAUUUUGUAGAGACAGAGCCUGUCAAACCAGAACCCGAUUAACUGGUCUAUGCCGGUCUUUUAUUGUUACUGUGCUCCUUUUAUCAAGUUCAGAAGAUUGAGUGAAUAAAACAAAAAGAGCGACCAUCAUCUGUGCACUGAAUACAAAGAAUGCAGCUCUUCCCUGCAGAGGAAGAGUAUGUAAAUGCAUUUCUUUUGACAGUCAGGGAAGAAGCUGAGAAGCAGACUCCUCAGAAAACUAAAUGGUCCCUCUGAGAGGUUUCAGUCAGUAUAGCUAGUACCUCAUUCUGAAGAGUCUAAUGUAUACUCACAGUGAGCUGGUGGAGUGUUUCUCUGCAUGUUUAUAAAAGUGCAGGGGAAGUGCAUAUGUGUGAGAAUGUGCAUGAAUAUUUGCUGCACACAUAAACAGAAGGGGCUAACCUCCCACUGGAUAGAUAAGUUUACAUUCAGCCAUGCUGCAAAAAAAAAACAA